AUGACGCGCUUCGACCGGCAGCGGCUCCGAGUUGCAAUGCUUCUCCUGGGAUUUCUGCACGGUGUGACAGUGCAAAAUGAUGGACCAGCAUGGCAUGAUGGCGAGUCUCAGCACAGCAGUAACGAUGACGUGGUUGUGUACAUGUGCAUCAAUCAUUCUAAUAUAUGUGUGCGUGUGUGUUCAAUCAUUUCUUUCCGUCCCUUUAAUCCAGCCUCCAGAUGUGCGGGCAACGCCUGCAGCCCUCCUGUGGGCAACUUGGCCAGUGGCAGGACCCUUCACACACAGUCACUCUGCUGCUCCAACAGCUCGCUGAUGGCGGAUGACCCUUUUCUCCACCCAGACACGUGGUGGGAGUCGGGGGUCACAGCAGCUGGAGACGACGAGAUCCAUCUGGACUUGGAGGACCGGUUCUGUCUGACCCAUGUGGUGAUGGUGUUCCGCUCGCCACGUCCUGCCGCCAUGACCCUGGAGCGCUCGCAGGACUUUGGCCGCACCUGGGAGACACUGAAGGUGUUCGCUGAGAAUUGCAGCUCUGCUUUCGGGCUCCCUGAUGAUGUUAGCCAGCAGGAAGCGCUCUGCACGUCCAGAUACUCCAGCGCCAUGCCAUGUACUGGGGGAGAGGUGAUUUUCCGUUCCAUGGCUCAAGGCAGAGGGAUGGACGACCCGUAUAGUCCCGAAGCCCUGUCCAUACUGACCCUCACUAGCCUGCGCGUGCGCCUCCUGAAACCCCAUCGCUGUCCUGCUUCUCCUUUCACCUCCUCUAGGGGGCAGCACAACGCUCCACAACAAGCACCCAACAUCAGAUUCUUACCCAAAGUUCCCAGACAGCCAUCUCGUAACUCCACAAGCUCCGAUUCUGCUCCUUAUGCCAUCUUUUCGCUCCUUGCGCAAGGGACGUGUCUGUGUCAUGGACAUGCAGAGCAAUGCCUUCCUACUGGAGGACAAGACAGCCUGCAAAGCAGCGGCAGUGUGCAGGUGCAAGGAAGGUGUGUUUGCACUCACCACACAGCAGGCGUUCACUGUGAGAAAUGCGCUCCGCUCUACAACGAUCGGCCCUGGAGAGCAGCAAACGGCAGCAGCGGAGAACCGAACCCCUGUCAGAAGUGUGAAUGUCAUGGCCACGCACAGAGCUGUCACUUCUCUCAGCGAGUGUGGAGCACCACAGGUGGCACCAGUGGAGGUGUCUGUGAUGACUGCCAGCACAACACGGAGGGCCGGAAGUGUCAACGCUGCAGCCCAGGAUACCGACGCCACCCGGGUCGCCCCCUCGCCUCGCCUCAAGCCUGUACACGCUGUUGGUGCGACCCAGUCGGCUCGGUCCCAGUCAGAACCAGUGGCGAGGCAGGCUGGUGUCACCCCAGGAGCGGGCAGUGCCACUGUAAGCCUGGUGUCGGUGGGACGAUCUGUAGUCACUGUCUGCCUGGACACUGGGGCUUUGGACUAGAGGGCUGCAGACCCUGCGCAUGCCCUCUGACCUGUGACCCCGCUACAGGUCACUGCUUAGAAAGCAAACCCAACGGAGAAUUUUACAACAUUCCUCUCGGAGGCAAAAUUCCUGAUCUGACUCACCUCCACCCCCAUGAGGAGAACAAGUCGUGGUCCAACGAGCUCACGGUCUCUGCGCUGUACGACACAGGGAAAUGUACCUGCAAGGAAAGGAAGGUGAAGAGUGUGUCCGAUUUGUGCAGGAUGAAACAUUCUUAUGUGAUCAAGGCCAGUGUGCUGUCAGCUCAUGAUAAAGGCACGCAUGCGGUGGUGCAGGUGAAGGUGAGGAAGGUGCUGCGCUCAGGCGUCGUGUCGCUUUCUCAGGGCACACACAGCCUGUACCCGCUGUCCUGGACCAGCCGUGGCUGCACCUGCCCCGUCCUCAACCCAGGAUCAGAGUACCUGCUGGCGGGUUCAGAGGAGGCAGAAUCGGGCCGUUUGCUGGUCACCAUGCAGAGUCUGGUAGUGCCAUGGACAAGCACGCUCAGCUUUCUCGUCUCCGAGGCUCUGCGGCGGGGCUGCUUAUGAUAAGAA